UUUGAAAAUUAUGAAAGGCAAAUUAUCCGUUGUUGCUUGAAAAUGGGAGGCAGAGCCGAAUUGAGAAUAACCAACCGGAAAUAACGAAUAACUUCCUAACCAACUAACUUUGCCUCCACAUUCGCAAUCGCAUUUCAAUGGACCCCAACGACGACGUUUAUUCAGACACCCUCAAUUGCUCCGACGGCCACGCCAAUGACUCACCGGAACCUUUCUCCGCCUCUGCUCCCGCUCUCUGCGAUCCUCAACCGCCCCCGCUCCCUCUUUAUAGUCCUCCCUCCGCCAAGCUACGCCGCCGCUCCGUUUGCCCCCCAUCUCUCUUUACGGAAUCUACGGACACCGCUUCCCGGAGUGAAAUCAUCGAUGACGACGACGCCAGAAAGAGCUCCCAAAAGCAUCAUCGGAACCUCCUAAAAUUGAAGGAAAUCAAGGCCUCCGAAUUUGAGGAGAUUCCCGCGAAACCUAAUUCGAUUCAAGAGAAAAAGGUUCCUCCUUUUCCAUCUGCGAGUAUUGUGACCAAAGAGAAAGGCGAGGAAUCGACGUUAACCACAGCUGUAUCUGCAAAAGACGAUGUUCUUGCUGAUUCCGCUGACUCCUCUGAGGUGCCGAGGCUCGUCGAUUCUCCUCCGUCGAAUACGCUAGAGUAUGCAACGGGAUUUGUAAUUAGGGCAAUUUUGUUUCAAAUCAAAAUCUUGAUUUGGUUAAUAAAGUUUCCAUUGUGGCUCACUGUCCACACUUGCAUGUUCAUCGUGGACCCUUUCGGAACAUGGAGAAAGGGUAUUCGUUUUUCGACUCAGGUUUUGGGUUGUGCCUUUGGGUUCGUUGGUAUUCCAGCUCGGGUAAUUUUUAAGGAUCAGAAAGCAUUCUGGAACGUUGCGUUUAGGUGUGGAUGGGGGUUCUUGUGGUCUAUGGUCGUGUGUUGCGUUCUGUUUGCUCUUGCUGUUUCCUCACUUGUUUUUAGUGGGUUUGUGGUCAGCGGGUUAGCGCAGAAGCCAACCCAAUUGAUAAAAGGUUUCAACUUUGACUACACCAAGCAGAGUCCUGUGGCAUAUGUGCCUCUAAUAUCGUGUGCUGGUGUUGUUGGUGGCCAUGAUUCAGUGAAGGAAAUUGCAGCUAGUAAGUGGGUGGGUCAAAGGGUGUUACCUCCUAAACAGAAUGUGCAGGUUACUGUUUCAUUGGAAGUGCCCGAAUCAGGUUACAAUAGAAAUCUUGGGGUAUUUCAGAUCAGAACAGACUUUCUAACAUAUAGUGGUAAAACAAUUGCAAGUUUGAGCCAACCUUGCAUGUUAAAAUUUAGAAGUGAACCUAUCCGGCUAAUGACGACUCUAGUCAAUAUUGUUCCUCUUCUUACUGGUUAUGCAUCAGAAACACAGACUCUGGACGUGAAGAUAAGCGGUUUUGUUGAAAGGGAGGAACCUACUUCGUGCUUAAGAGUUACCCUUGAGCCACGAUCAGAGUAUAUACAUGGUGCUGGCCUUCCUCAAAUAUAUGAUUCAUCUGUGGUAAUUGAGGCACAACUCCCAUUUUACAAGAGGAUCAUAUGGAAUUGGAAGAUAAGCUUAUUCAUAUGGAUUGCAAUGACAACAUUCUUUGUGCAGUUUCUGUUUCUCCUAGUGUGUUGUUGGCCUUUCAUUAUUCCAAGAUCCAGGCAAAGGAGAGGUCCUGCUCCUCGUAAUGGUAAAUAAAGUAAAACAUUCUUCACCCUCCAUUUUUUUUUCUCCUAACAGUGUAAAGCUAGCAUGUUCUGACAUGUUGAAUUCAUUUUUUCUUCCUAAUUUUCCUUUCCUAUCAGCAGUGUAUACAUGUUUUAUUUCACAUUACAUUAUGUAAUUUAUAAUAAAAUAUAGAGAGUACUCUUCAAUCAAAGAAUGUUACGAGUACAAUCUAAGAAUUCAGACAGUUACAGUUGAUUCGUGUUUUUCCAUUUUUUUUUGUCCCUGUCAUUAGUUGAUUGUAGAAAUGGCUUUUGAAAUGGAAUGUAGGCUUAACUAAAGCCUAGUGCCAGGAAAACCCAAGUGAAGCCAGUGGGCCUUGAGAACCCUAAUUCAAUUCUUCUUUGAUAUUUGAUGAAUCAAAUACUACUAACUGAAAUGAAUUGAGAAGAGCAUUGAUGAAUGUUCAUAUUCUCAUUCUUUAUUUAAAAGAAGAGGCAGAGUUGAUGACUGCAACAAGUCGUGUUUAAAUUUUGAUGAUCACAUUCACGGGUUUUUAAUGAGAAUGAAAACACCAGGAAACAUUGGUGGUUUCCGGGUUGAUGCAUCAUGCAUGUGAAUCAGACAAUCUUUUGAUGCAGCCCAUAUUCCAUAACUCUGAUCUUAUCUGCUUCAGAGUUGACUCAGUUAUCGCUUGUUUUACUUUUCAAUUUCAAUCAUCCCUUAAAUGCAUGCGUACUAGUAGUAAUAGAUUUGGGUCCCUACACACUCUAAUUUUUCAUUUUUCAAAGAGCAAGACAGCAUCUGAGAGGCAUAAAAUAAAAUAAGUUACUACUAUUGUGGAAUGUGGAGCACUUAUUAAGUUAUUAUUAUUAUUACCUGUCAAGUUCAACUAACUAAUCUCAAACAUAAAUGAU